GGCGCCCAACAAGUGUCGGGGAAGCGGAGCUCGGGCGGGGCGGAAGGCGCAGGCCACGACCCCGAGCCGCUCCCGUGCCCGCCCCGCCUGUCCAGGGCCCUGCGACCAGUAAAGGAGGGCGCUCGGGCCGCCACCCCCAGGACCGCCCUGUACGCGGGGCGCCGCGGGCCUGAGCGUGGGGCUUGAAGUCGCUUCUCUGGUCCUUCCCGCCCCGAGUUCGGCCCUCACUUUGUGGCCUCAGCUUCUGCAGGUGGCCAAUGAAAGAAGAAAAUGAAAGGCAUUAAGAAAAGUCUUAAAGAAGAGCAUCUAUACCUGGAUUUUUCUCACCAAACAGAAGGAUUCGUUUUUCCUCUUCACACCUCUGUAACUUUGUUCUUAUUGUCAUACUGUGACAGCAAAAUCUUUAAAGUUUACUUCGUUCUCAAAAACAGAAGUCCAGAUAGUUCACCGCUAAGAGAUGUGCUGCUCCAGGAUGUGGAAGUACAAGUCAUUUCACAGCAAGAGCUCCCACCCAUAGUGCAGGAGUGCUGCUUGCCUGCAGUCGUGGAACAACCCCACAGCUUUUGUAGAGCGGGGCUUGCUGUUGUAUUAAGACACAUAAUCCAGAAAUCACAUGAAGCUGACCCCUCAAAAAAGGACAUUCUGGAACUUCUGGGUUUUAAAAAGACUUGUUUGAAAGCCUGUGCUGAGGUUAGUCAGUGGACCAGACUGUGUGAACUCACCAUCCCGUUGGCUAUUGAGAAUUUUCUCAGAGAGUCAUCUGACCAGCCCCUAACUAUCCCUGCGGAAAUAGUGCAGCUCGAGAGAAAACUCAGCGAGCCUGUGCGAGUGCACAACGACGACAAGCUCCGCCGGCGGAAGUUGAAGCAGCAGAAGGCGGCUGGGGCGGGGCUCCCCUGUGCUCAGGGAAAAGCUAAGAGCAAGGUCCCUCAGAAGGAAUCACCCAAAGAGCCGGCCUCUGUGUCCAAGAGUCUGGAACUGGAAGUGGCGUUCUCAAAGCUCACCGUGCAGCAAGAGCCAGGUUCUGCCAGCCGGGAACCUUCUCACAUCAGAAAAGCAAAAGCCUCCGACCUCCCACCUUUGGAGCAUGUGUUUGCAGAAGGACUUUACUUCACUUUGGCAGAUAUUGUGCUCUUGCCUUGCAUCCAUCAUUUUUUGGUAAUUAUCUGCAAGAAAUUUUCUGAGAAGUUGAUUCAAUUUCCACUGUUAGUUUCAUGGUAUCAGAGGAUCCAAAAAGUGCCAAGAAUUCAAACAGCAGCUUCCAAGUGUGGAAUCCAAUUUCUUGACUUACCAGAGUUGUUGACUACUUCAAAGGAACAGUGUCCGAACUUAAGUGAAGUCACAUGUGUGGAGGAACAAAAUGAUUCUUUAUUUAUUGGAGGACCAAGACCAACUAUGACCAAGUUAAUGGAAAAGGGUAUUGAAGUGAUGUUUUCUCCCCACCCUUCCCCUACUUGGACCCUUGACUGGAAUGGUCUUCCUGCAGCAGUAAGCCCAAAAGAAGGCAAAAUGUCCAGUGAACGAGCGUUGAGGAAGCAGCAACAGUUAAACAACCUUGUUUAUGUGGUGAUGAAUCAGGCCAAACCUGGUGACAGAAUUGUGGAUUUCUGCAGUGGUGGGGGUCAUGUUGGAAUUGUGCUUGCGCACAUGCUGCCAUCUUGCCAGGUUACAUUAAUAGAAAACAAGGAAUUAUCAUUAAUUCGUGCAAAGAAGAGAAGUGAUGAACUGGGCUUAAGCAACAUUUGGUUCAUUCAAGCAAACAUGGAGUAUUUUAUAGGAAUUUUCAACAUUGGGGUGGCACUACAUGCUUGUGGAGUGGCAACAGACAUGGUGAUUGAGCACUGCAUCCAAGUGCGAGCUUCCUUCGUCACAUGCCCUUGCUGUUACGGUUUCAUUCAGAACACUUCAAAAUUCAAUUUUCCAAAAAGUGAACAAUUCAAGAAAACCUUAUCAUACAAGGAACACAUGAUUCUGUGCAGAUUUGCAGAUCAGACAGCUGCGCAGCUUCCACCCCAGCGAAGACUCAUAGGGAAGCAGUGCAUGUGCCUGGUGGACCUAGACCGAGCUCGAGCUGCAGAAGAGCGAGGCUACUCUGUUCAAGUGAUAUCCAUGGAGCCAGAGAGCUGCUCACCCAAAAACAACAUGAUUGUGGGAGUGCCUGUUUAGUAAUUCACAUCUCAUGCUUUUGCUGAUGGCGUUGUGAUGAAAGUCCAGUGGCAUUCAGGGGGUGGGGGGGCUGGCAUAACUAGAAAAUAGCAUUUGCCAUCUUCAACCUGUUGUGUUCAGGAAGGAAAGCAGUGGAAAAAGCUUAGGAGAAAUGCUGCUUGCAAAGCCUCACAAAUGUUCUUGCACUGUGUGGUGAAGGACUACUGGCUUUCGUGGAGAGACUCUCACCUGCCAAAGGAAUACGCCCAUCAAGCUUCCUUCAGUAGAGAGAUGCCUUGCUUCUUAGGUCACAAGCUUUUCUGAUCUUAUCAACAUGACAUUCACCUCAAACAGUGUCCUCCCAGCCUUCAUUUUAUAAUCAUGUAACUAUUCAUACUGGUGAUCAAAACUAAACUCAUUGAAGGGGCAUUUUUUUAAAAUAUAUUUUUAACAAUGCACCUUUUCUAUAAUUUUUUAAACUUGAAAAUUAUGAUGUUUUUAAACUGGGCAAUUUAAAUUUGUAUGUCAUGUAGAAAUCCCUUUUAAGUGUAUUUUCAAUAAAUUAUCAAAUGAGA